AUGUCUGUAGCGGCCAGCUUGAGCUUGCUGUUGCUUCUUAUCGGAAAAAUUUCAGCAAACCAAUGUUCCCCGACGAAUUACGACACAAUUAUAAAAGGAGGUCCAUCAUUGCCUGCGGAUGAAAUAAUAUCAAGACACAAUGUUACAUCUUCAGUUGUCAUGUUAGGAUGUCACACUCACUGCAAAGACGAAGACAAAUGUGUUGGAUUCAACUACAGAACAACAAAAAAUGUUGAAAAUUGUCAACUGACAAACGUUACUAGAAAGAAAGAAGAAACGAAACUGACCGGAGAUUGGAUAUUGAUGCGAAAUGUUGAAGCAGCAAAGAAGGCGGUUGAAGAAGAAAAUCUUACCAGGAAAUCAGACGUUGACGAGUGUUCCCUGGGAACUCACAAAUGUCACUCAAACGCAACAUGCAAUAACACCAUUGGCUUCUACGAAUGUCACUGUCGCAGAGGAUUUGCUGGAAAUGGGACAACAUGUUCAGACGUUGACGAGUGUUCCCUGGGAACUCACAAAUGUCACUCAAACGCCACCUGCAAUAACACUAUUGGCUCCUACGAAUGUCAUUGUCGCAGAGGAUUUGCUGGAAAUGGGAAAACAUGUUCAGGCAAGAUUAUUAUAAUCGAUUUUUCAUAUGCAACUCAAAUUUGA